AUGGCAGACGCGCGUUGGUCGGAAAGUGAUAGCGAGACUGAAUCUGACAGUUCCUGCUCAGACCCCGGAGAUGACUGGGACAACGAUUUUGCAGCAGCGGCGGAUAUUUCUUCGAAAAAGAAAGAUCCGAGCAAAGGAACCUUGGGCGGAUGGGGUUCAGCAGGGGUGGAAAAGAAGGAGCCGAGCGCAGGAAGUUUGGGUGGCUGGGGAGGAGCUGGGACGACGAUGGAAAGCUUGCUAGCGGCCGCGACGGGGAAGACAGAUGCGGGAAAAGCAGCUCCCCUCAAAAUGGAAAAAUCAGCGCCUUCUGGUGGGAUGGGCUUCUCAAUGGGAGGAAGUCCUGGCGGUGGCGGUGGACUGGAUGCCUUUUUCAAGGGUGGAAUGGGCGGCUUCGAUGAGGCCUCACUUGGCGCCAUGUUGAAACAAGAAGGAAGUGGAAUGGGGAUGGCGGCGAUGAAGAGCAACCCGGAAACGAAGCAGCCGAAAUCAGCUGAUCGAAAAGAACCGCCCAAGUUUGGAGUCCCGACGCCGAUCGCUGCUGCUGCCGGAAAAGGAGGAAUGAAAAGCGCGGAAAAAGCGGAUCAGCUCUUUGAUUUUCCGAUCGCCGGUUCCAAAGCAGGUGGCUUUACUGGCGCAAUGGAGAAGAAAACUCCACCCAGCGAAGGAAUGCCGUUGAGAUCAUCCUUUUUUAUCUUUUUUUCGAGCAUUUAUUUUGUUGGAACUUAG